UUAACAAGAGAUGAGAGGCGGAAGAGACAGGGGUUAAUAGAGAAAAAUUAGGGAAAUUAGUCAUUAUGUUUAAAGCAGAAAAUACAACAUUGACUGGAAUGUUUAAUUAGUUUCAACCGGCUGAUCUCCAUCUCAAAGAAAGGAUGACUGCUAAGAUAGCCGAUGAAGUGUCUAUGUCUCUCAGCGGAAUUGUAGACAGUUUUCCUAAAGAUGUGUACGCAGCGGAAAGGGAGCUGCCUUCACAGAUUGUUUUUAAACAAGAGGCUGUAGGUGAGGACGAACAUGAAAGGAAACCUCCUAUGGAUGAAAGUGGUGAUCUCCUGUUCGAGGAUAGGAGUCCAACUGAUCUGCUUCUCCACGGAGACUUGGCACAGUACGUGGCAACUUUACGCACACACCCUGUGGCGUUCAGCGGGAAGUUCUCGGUGGACUCCAGAGGCGCAGGUGGACCGUGGACACCGGGGGACAUCAUCAACGUGGUCAGUGCUGACAUCGCCACCCCGGGGCCCGUGACCGAGUCCGAAUCUCCUUCGGCAUCUCCAGAUCUCUACGCAGCAGGUGAAAGCGGAGGAGGAGUAGACGCAGCGGACGCGGGGGAAGGCACCAUGGCGCACGGUCAGCCCGACAUCAGCCACAUGUACGCGCCUCCUCAUCCUCACCCUCACCCCCAUCCCCACCCUCACUCUCACCCAGCAACCUCCUACUCAUGCAGCGGGGACAUAUACCAGGACCAAUCAGCAGGGGGAUACCUGGCUACGUCCACCUGCGCCAUGUCCUACCACGCGCCGCCGUCCUACAGCUCCGUACCCAAACCAACAGUUGACGGCGCCGCGCUGCUGUCACUCAUGCCUGAGUACGGAGGCUUCUACCAGCAGAGCUGCCAGAGAGACAUCCAGACGGCUUUCCCGGAGAGGAAAUCCCUCCCGUACCCACUGGACUCCCUCAGGGUUCCCCCUCCUCUUACGCCUCUCAACACUAUCAGGAACUUUACGCUCGGUGCGCCCUCGCCUGCGACAGAAGGCCCGAUGGCUGCAGCCUUUCCAGGCCACCAAAGCCUCCCUCUCAGGCCCAUCCUAAGACCAAGAAAGUACCCGAACCGGCCAAGUAAGACCCCGGUCCACCAGAGGCCGUACCCGUGCCCUGCAGAGAGCUGUGACCGCCGAUUCUCCAGGUCGGACGAGUUGAGCCGGCACCUGCGCAUCCACACCGGCCACAAACCUUUUCAGUGCCGCAUCUGCAUGAGGAACUUCAGCCGCAGCGACCACCUGACCACCCACAUCCGCACGCACACCGGGGAAAAACCCUUCUCGUGCGACCAGUGUGGGAGAAAGUUCGCGCGGAGUGACGAGAGGAGGAGGCACAUGAAGAUUCAUCUCAGACAGAAGGAGAAAAAGUCCUCUGCAUCCUAAUCCAGCGUGCUUGGCCUGAAACAGAACACAAGCUCUAUCAGCUCCUAAAACAUCCUGCCUGCCAAGUGCCAACAUAGCUCACAGUUUAUCCCACAGUCUGUUGAUCUCACAAAGAACAUGAAACAAAUCUCUUUGGGAAGCCAUAUUUGAAAAGAAAUCAGGGAGUAUCCGAGUUUCGAAUGAUGUGAUGUGAUUCAUUAUUUUUUAACAGAAGCUAAACAAUAUUAAUCACUCAUCAGUCACGUGAUCAUGAAUUAAAAAAAACAUCUCCACUCUCCAACAACAAAGUCAUCAAGUAAAAUCGAGUAUUUGGGGGGUUGAAGUGACUGAAAAGUAAAAGUAAAAGUGUGGUUCACCUAAUUCACUGUUUGGUGAUUUUAGUAGGUGUUCGAGCUAACGAACGAACAGUUUCUGAUUGUGUGCCUCAAUGUGCUCACCUGCUACAGCCUGCUUCAGCUUUGUGGCAAGGCAUUAUUGUGUCUUUAGUCUAUGCUUCAUGAUCUCAGGGAUUCAGUCACAAUUCAGGCUGCAAAGACGAAACCAAAUUCCUGCAAGUCAGCAAAGUGGUUCAGGGGAGUUUACUGCUGCUGCUCUGCCUCCAGUUUAGUGCAGUUUGGUUUCAGAUGCAAAACUUUUUAAUCUAAAAAAACAGAAGAAGAAUACACGUAUAGUCAAGAAGUUAUCAGGGGGAACGUUUGGAUGAAACAAAAAUAAUAUUUUCUUGAAAAACUUUGAAUUAUAAUAGACAGCACAAAUAAAUUUAGUUUUUAAGGAUUGACAAGAGACAUAUACACAGCCUUGUAUUUUUGCAAUGCCACACAUUCUUUCUUCUUUUUUUCCAAAUGAAAAUGUCAUUUAUAUGUGUAGGCACUAAAAUAAGUCACCAUGCAACAAGUUGAUAGAAACAGAAAAAGAUGCAAAAUUACUGUAAUUACAUCCACUGGUUUAGUAUAACUCUGUCUGUUUCACAAA